UUCCAUUAGCGUCGCCGUGGUAUUAAUGACGAGGUUGAAAAUUUGGCCAUGAAAAUACUACGUUCUAACUGUAAGUGAAAGCUUUCGCCUGUGACAGUGGAACCGAAGUAUUCAUAUCAGAUUCACACACAAACAGCAAAUUUAAAACCAAAUACAUUUUUAUUUGCUUAAAGGCGGUCGACGUCGAGGAGGCACGUUGGCUGUACGAUCAGUUGACACCUAUCACACCUAUACUUUUGGCUCUGAGUGCAUCGACGCCGAUCUUUCGCGGCUACUUGGCAGACGUCGACUCUCGAUGGAACGUGAUAUCAGCUUCGGUCGACGACCGCACUGCCGAGGAGCGGGGUCUGCGUCCGCUGUCCGAAAAUAUGUUCGUCAUCGACAAGUCGCGUUAUGACACCACUGAUUGUUACCUGCACCCGUGCAACGCGCCGUACAACGACGUUGACUUGCAGUAUGACCCGAACACCUAUUCGCUGCUGGUCGAAAACGGCGUCGACACGAUGUUGGCCAAGCAUGUGGCGCACCUGUUCAUCCGUGACCCCCUGCAGGUAUACAAAGGCCGCAUUGAGCAAGACGACAAGCUGAGCAGCGAACACUUCGAGACUAUCCAGUCGUCGAAUUGGCUCAACAUGAGAUUCAAGCCUCCGCCUAUCGAUGCCUCAUCCAUCGGCUGGCGUGUUGAGUUCCGCCCAACCGAGGUGCAGUUAACUGAUUUCGAAAACGCUGCUUACGUGUGCUUCGUCGUGUUGCUGACCAGGGUGAUGCUGUCAUACCAUAUCAUCUUCACCAUCCCGAUCAGCGAAGUGAACGAGAACAUGAAGAGAGCUCAAAAG